AUGGCCUUGAAUCUUAACUCUUUGGUAUCUCAGCCUUACAAACUCCCUUCCUGGGUUCGUCCGCCGAUAUCUACAUUCAGAUCUCCCAAGUUCCUCUGCCUCGCUCUCCGCGCCAAGUCAGUACACGUUCAAGUCCUGCACUCCAUGCCACCCCAGAAGAUCGAGAUCUUCAAAUCCAUGGAAGACUGGGCCGAGCAAAACCUUCUAAUUCACCUCAAAGACGUGGAAAGGUCAUGGCAACCACAGGAUUUCUUACCUGACCCUGCAUCCGAUGGGUUCGAAGAUCAGGUAAGAGAGUUGAGGGAGAGGGCAGGAGAGCUCCCUGAUGAUUACUUUGUUGUUUUGGUGGGAGACAUGAUCACAGAAGAAGCCCUUCCGACCUAUCAAACCAUGUUGAACACUCUGGAUGGAGUAAGAGAUGAAACUGGUGCUAGCCCAACUUCAUGGGCCGUUUGGACAAGAGCGUGGACUGCAGAAGAGAACCGACACGGUGAUCUUCUGAAUAAGUAUCUUUAUUUGUCAGGUCGUGUUGACAUGAGGCAGAUUGAAAAGACUAUUCAGUACUUGAUUGGAUCAGGAAUGGAUCCACGUACAGAGAACAACCCUUACCUUGGCUUCAUCUAUACAUCAUUCCAAGAAAGAGCAACCUUCAUCUCUCACGGAAACACAGCUCGCCAAGCCAAAGAGCAUGGAGACCUCAAACUAGCUCAAAUAUGUGGCACAAUAGCUGCAGACGAGAAGCGGCAUGAAACAGCUUACACCAAGAUAGUUGAGAAGCUCCUUGAGAUUGAUCCUGAUGGUACUGUGGUGGCUUUUGCAGACAUGAUGAGAAAGAAAAUCUCAAUGCCUGCUCACUUGAUGUACGAUGGGCGUGACAACAAUCUCUUUGACAACUUCUCUUCGGUGGCGCAGAGGCUAGGUGUUUACACUGCCAAAGACUACGCAGACAUUCUUGAGUUUUUGGUUGGUAGGUGGAAGAUAGAGAACUUAACCGGGCUUUCAGGUGAAGGAAACAAAGCACAAGACUAUUUAUGUGGGUUAUCUCCGAGAAUCAGGAAAUUGGAUGAGAGAGCUCAAGCAAGAGCCAAGAAAGGACCUAAGAUUCCUUUCAGCUGGAUACAUGACCGAGAAGUACAGCUCUAAGUAAAGACAUUUUCUUUUUGUUCUUGAUAUUGGUGUAGCUUACUGGGGUUAGUGGGUCUAGUUUCAAAAUUGAGAAGCAGCGAUUAAGUUUGGUUAUUUUUCCAGUCACUUAUGUUUGUGUUUGGUCACUUUUAGUCAAACGUUCAAGUAGUGGUUAAAAAGUCUGGUUUGUACUCAGUUUUGAAUAUAGUCUUUACUCUGUUUUUAGAACAGAACAUGAACACAUAUGGCCUUUUAGCAGUUUUAAUGGAGUCAGUCAUGUUGAAAAUAUCCUCCAUACAAUUUAUAGUACACUAUUUGGAACAUGUUUUG